AUGGUGACAUUCAUUCUGGACCUGGGUCCUAGAGAACAUGUAGGCCAGAUUGAAUUGCCAGAACUGGAUGUGCUGAAUAUUGAAGACAGAUAUUCCUCCACGUCCAGUAACCCAUCUGUCCUGCCCGCAGACUCAGCACCUCAGCUGCACUUGACGCCCACCGAGCAGACAGUAUCUCCUGGGUCACCUGUCUCACUCAAGUGCUCAGCCGUAGGCAUUCCCAUACCUGUGAUCACCUGGACCCACGACCACCAGCCCAUCCUCACUUCCCACAGGACCCGGGUGGGAAGCUUCAGAACAGAGAUUGAAGAAGUGGUGAGCCAAGUGAACCUGAGUUCGGUGACUGUCCGUGACGGAGGCUCCUACACCUGCACCGCCCAUAACACUGCCGGCUCCGUCGCACACUCCACCAGGCUCAACGUUUAUGGUCCUCCUUUUGUACGAGCUAUGCCUAACGUUACAGCAGUGGCUGGUCUGGACGUGCAGCUGUCAUGUCCAGCAGGAGGCUUCCCUGUCCCCUCCAUCACCUGGCGCAAAGAUGGAAAACUCAUCGCUAACUCCCCCAAGCAACUGGUUAUGACUAAUGGAACGCUGGUGAUAAGGAGCGCCAGCCAUGAAAACGUCGGUCGCUACAUCUGCGUCGCUUCCAGCAGGCAGGGACAGAGUGCUUCCUCCCACACCUUCCUCCAUGUUCUCAAACCCCCAGUGAUCGAACCAUUCUCGUUCCGUCCUAACCUUCAAGAAGGAGAGCGGACGCAGGUGGUAUGCAUGGUUAGUUCAGGAGACCUACCUAUCACCAUAAACUGGCUAAAGGACGGCGCCCACCUCCAGCAUGACCCAGAAAUCGACAGCAAGCAGAUUCACGAAUAUUCAACGAUCAUUGGCUAUUUCCAUAAAGUUUGGAUAUUCUUCAUCUAUGAACUCUGGAACUACAAUUUUCUAAAGCUCUCAAAAACAUUGAUGAGAAAACAGACAAGUGCUGCUGUUUCCAGAAGCCUGGGUGAACAUCACUCUGGAUCAUACACCUGUGAGGCCGCUAACGCGGCCGCCACUACCAACCUUCACUGCUGGCGUGUCAGAGUUAAUGUAAAGCCUCGCUGGGUGCGAGAGCCUCACAGUGCAACAGCAGUGGUAGGCUCGACGCUGGUGCUGGACUGCAGUGCCCGUGGCUACCCACACCCUGUUAUCACCUGGAUGAAGGCUUCAGCGGAUUCUGCCGAGGACUUCCAGACAAUGGUGUUGGAUGGUGUAAGGUCAUCGCAGGCGCCCAAUGGCUCACUUGUCCUAAUCGACAUAUCGACUUCUAGCGCCGGCUGGUUCAUGUGUCGGGCUGACAAUUCCGUCGGCAAAGCCAUCUCCAAAGUCGUCCAGCUCUCAGUUCAUGGUAAGUUGCGAGUCUUGACAGGUCUUAAUGGAAGACAGACGCUAUUCAUCGACUUACUUUUAUCUUGUAGUAGAGUGUUGGUACGAGAAAGUGGUGGACCCAGAUCAGUGCUGACUGUGUUGGAGAUCCAGGCUGUGACACCAGGUGAUGCUGGCCCUUACACCUGCCGCGCCACCAACCCUCACGGUGAACACUCGCAGCAGUUUACCAUCGCCGUCAUAGAGCCACCUACAGCACCUUCAGAUGUGGUGGUGUCUGAUGUUGGGAGCCGCUCAGCCCGCAUCUCAUGGUCGCUGCCCCAACCAGCUGCAGUCACAAUACAAUACCGUGCUGAGGAAGAAUCUUGGGCAUCCAAUGGGCGCAAUGUGACAGUGGGUCAGUGGACAUCCUGGCAUGUAAUGACUGGCUUAUUUCCCUAUUAUACCUACGCUGUAAGACUUAUGGCCCACAAUGACCUGGGUGUUUCAGAGCCCUCUCAAGUCCACGUCUUCACCACCCUCGAGGAAGCACCCACUGGAGCGCCUCGUAACGUCCGGGUCGCUGCUGGAAGUCCGUACUCUCUGCAGGUGACCUGGAGCAGUCCAGACCCGCUCCUCACUCACGGUCCACUAAGGGGAUAUACAAUUGUCGUACGUCGGCAGAACAUAGAGGGCCACCUAACCUAUAUAACCAGACCCGUCACAACUGUCUCAGGAGACAAGGAAGCACUGGAGCAGUAUGAGGUACGGGACCUGAUGCCAGGCUCCCUCUACGAGGUGGCUGUGAGAGCCUUCACCAGGGCUGGUCCUGGUCCCCUUUCCUCACCCAGGAUAGUCGAGGCUACAAGUUAUGAUGCACCGCUGUGUCCACCAGCGGCACUGUCAUGCCGAGCAUCCGGGCGAGGCGGAGUGCGGGUGUGGUGGUCACCACCGCCCACACACUGCACUUACGCUCCAGUCUCUGGUUACGCCAUCGUGGCCACACCCACUCACCACCCUCACUCUAGUACCAGCAACAUGUGGGAAGUAACUACAACCAACCUGGAGAAAAACCUGGACGGCCUGCCACCAGCCACGAACAUCAGUAUACAUGUUAAAGCCUUCAAUGAGAUCGGUUAUAGUUCCUCCAGUCACCCCAUUUUUUGUGUGACAGAAGACGAUGGUAAACACUUUUGUUUUUGCUAA